GUUUACCGGCUCGGGUGCAAAGUUUUAGCCGUCUGCAAACGGGAGCUCGUCGGCAAACGUUUCUAGAAUACGCUGGUAUCGAACACGGUCUACCCACAAGGUUACUAGACUCGUUUGGAUUAAUGUGUGCCUGUGGUUGUGCGUAUAUGUAUCCUGGUGAUGCUGCCGUCGCUGGAUAACAGCAGUGUGUGAAGACGCUGUUAGCAUCGAUCGUAUUGUCUCAGGGAGCCAGCUAGCUUACGGUUACGUUAGCUUGUUGUAAACCGGAGCGCUAGCUAGCUGAACACACUGGGAAACCUUUUAUCUGUUUUUACUUACCAAGGACUGCUAGAUAGGGAAAAUGGCCUGCGAGCCUAACCGUGUCCGGCUGCUAUGCAUGCUCUCAUUGACUUUUGGGUUUUUCAUCGUGGAGGUGGUGGUCAGCCGGAUGACCGCCUCUCUGUCGAUGCUCUCGGACUCCUUUCAUAUGCUGUCGGACGUCAUUGCGCUUGUAGUGGCUCUGGUCGCGGUGAGAUUCGCCGAGAAAACCCAUGCGACCAACAAAAACACCUUCGGGUGGAUCCGGGCGGAGGUGAUGGGGGCUCUGGUCAACGCCGUCUUCCUCACGGCGCUUUGCUUCACCAUCGUCCUGGAGGCAGUGGAGCGCUUCACCGAGCCCCAUGCGAUCGAGAGCCCCUUGAUGGUCGCCGGGGUCGGUGCGGCGGGGCUGCUGAUCAACCUGCUCGGCCUCUGCUUGUUCCACGGACACGCAGGCAGCGGACACGGACACUCUCAUGGAGGUCACUCUCAUGGAAAUAAGAACAAGAGGGGUAAAAACGGCAAGUGCGAAAAUUCUGGGAAUGGGUCUUCAGGAGAGGAGACCAACAACUUGGUGGGAAAUCAUAACAGCCCAGGAGAUGGGAGACCUAGAAAUGAAAUCAGCUGUAAAGACAGCACAGAUGUGCAGAUGAAUGGCAAUCCCCACUUUGAGGACAUGGACCAUGAUCUAGACGCGUCGCAGCUCAACAUGCGCGGGGUCUUCCUGCACGUGUUGGGGGACGCCCUUGGCUCGGUCAUUGUGGUGGUCACUGCUAUAAUAUUCACCUUCGUGUGGCAGCCCUGUAUAGAAGGCGAGACGUGUAUGAACCCCUGUAUCAACAGCCACUCCACGGACCACCAGCACGUCAAUAACACGCUGGUCGACCUGCUGGAGGGUCCCACUGUGUCGUCCAUGAAGUUUGCAGGCCCCUGCUGGGUCCUCUACCUGGAUCCCACACUCUGCGUCAUCAUGGUGUGCAUACUGCUGUACACUACCUACCCACUGCUCAAAGAGUCAGCCCUCAUUCUGCUUCAGACCGUGCCCAAGCAGAUCAACAUGCACCGGCUCAACGAGCGGCUGCUGAGUCUGGAGGGCGUCCUGGCCAUCCACGAGCUGCACAUCUGGCAGCUGGCCGGCAGCCGCAUCAUCGCAACGGCACACAUCAAGUGCCAUGACCCCACUUCCUACAUGGAGGUGGCCAAGCGCAUCAAGGACUUCUUCCACAACGAGGGGAUCCACGCCACCACCAUCCAGCCCGAGUUUGUCACGUUCAGCUCUGAGUCUCGAGACUCCCUCUGUGAGCUCUCCUGUCGGACUCAGUGCGCCCCCAAGCUGUGUUGCGGCUCUGCGGACAAAAACGAUAAGAAGGCCAUCGGCGACGGCAAGGCUGCUGCCGCCUCAGCCCUGGAGGUGAUCAGUGAGACGCUGGAGCAGGAUGCAGGCGUUGAGGUGCUCCCCCGGUCCGAACCCGAGAUUACCGUCACCAGAGAGGUGGAGUCGUCUCUGUGAGAUGGAGGGGGAUAGAAGAAACGGAGGAGAAGCUGGACAACCACCAUCCUGAAAUCAUCGUGUACGCUGUUAUCUUUUUGACCCGUGUCCCUGAAAUGAAAUCAUUUUCUUGAGCUUUUAUUCCCUGUCAUUGCCCCCCUGUUAUGGCUGAAAAAUCCUCCCCUCAUCCCUCUGCUGUGGUUGUGCAUUUCAGCUGUUUCUUUUCAUCUUUCUCCUCUCUGAAUAGCUACUUCAAUCCCCUCCCUCCCAGCCUCUCCUCUGUCACUCGGCCCCUUCUCUUGUUGCCCUGGCAGUAUGGUGGCGAUGCAUGUUGGGGUUCACUGACCAUAUCUCCUCCAGGACGGGAGCAAGGCCUGCAUGAGUGUCCCUCAUUAGCACCGUGUUGUGAUGCGUCAUCUCGUCCUAUGGUGUUUCUGUGCCAAAGCUUCUCACUGCAGGACUGGAGGGAUCUGAGAGACGUCCUUUUGUCUUAAGGACACAAACAACACAUGCAAGUCGGAGCACAUAUCACUAGGUUAUGUUAUUUAGCCUUUGGACCUGUUUGCAAAGAGUCUACCUAUUUUUUGUUUUGUUUUUUUGUGUAGGCUUUGAGCAGAUCUAUUUUCUUACCCUCUGUCCCCAAAUGGAAGAGUAUUGUAUUGAGUAAUAAUUUAAGUAUUUUAAGUUAUUAGAAAUUAUCUACUUCUCUCUGUAGAUGCUGUUUGUAAUAUUUAGUUUGGACGAUAGAAACAUUUUUUUGCAAUUUCUCUGUCUUGACUUUUUGGACAGACCAUCUAUGCUGUAGUCAGUUUUUCAAAUGUGACGUUUUAUAAUAAUUUUUUGUUUCUCAAGACUUUUCUCUGGCCUUGGCUCAGUUUUACUCUCGGUCAUCAUUUGGAUACAGAAGCCGUAUCAAAACCUCUCUCACAUUGCCUUUUAAAUACAAAAACCUGCUGUGGGUAAAGCACUGGUAGACGCAGUGUAACUGAACCUCGGACACAGUCACCUAAUUAAAUGUUCAUUCCAAAAUUAGAUGCCUUGCGAGCCAGUGGGUUGUGUCUGUCGUGAAGAAAUCAGCACUGUAUGCCAUUAAUAAAACACCCUCCUCUGUAUCUGGCUGUAUUGGAAAGCUUUCUGAUGACGGCUGUUUUGUUUCAUUUAAAAAUCCUCAUGAAUGUGUUCGCCACCAUGUCACAAUCCGUGCUGAUGCUGAGGGAGUUUUUAUAUUUCCAGGACGUUCUGCUGUGUUUGCAUGACCAAACUGAGACCUGGUGUUCAACUUUCAGGAGCUCCACAGAGAGCUCCAGUUGCUGCUUACCAGUACCUGCUGGUAUCCCCAACAUUACUCGUGAUGUUUAGGAAGUGACUCAUGUUAAAGUUCGUCUGUCCUCUGCUUUGGACGGCUGAGCAGGCUGUUUUUGAAAAGUUAAAGUCCAUAUGGUGGCCUUUGAAUACCCCCUCAUCACCAUAUAUAUCAUUUGAAAGCUGUUUCAGAUUUCCACUCCUGAGAAAAUGUGUAUGCAAUAUAGAAAUAUGUGCUGGGAAAUGUAUUUUGAUGCGUUCCUUCAUUUGUAAUGUUCGGUCACUUUUAUUCUGUGUCUUUUAAAACUUGAGCUCUAUGUGCAAAUUGAAACAAGUGUUUUUUUAAUUUUAGAUAUGACACAUCUACUGAUGUGUUUUUGAUAUUCUAUAUAUCUACAGUACCUGUCCAAUGUGUCAUUGUGAAAUAAAAAAAAUAUGGCUGUUUGGUACAGUUGAUGAACCAA